AUGUCCCGCCCGCGCUGGACCCUCCACGCCGAAGCGCUCUUCUGGCGCACGCUCAUGGACGCCGGCAUGACGCUGCACCGCCUCGCGCCCCCCGCGCCCCCGCAGCCCACCUUCACGCUCACCAUCCCAUCCACGCUCUCGCCCACGCGCGGCGACAUCCCACUCGUCUUCUACACACCCCCCUCCUACGCCACCCGCAACCCCGCACAAAAGUACCCACUACUCAUCAACUUCCACGGCGGCGGCUUCACGCUCGGCCGCGCGACGGACGACUGUCGGUGGGCUGCGGCCGUGGUGGAGCAGGUUGGUGCCGUGGUGGCAAGCGUGGACUAUCGCCUGGCGCCGGAACACCCGUUUCCGACGGCGGUGGAGGACGGCGCGGACGCGAUCCUGUAUCUCCUGGCGCACGCGGGCGAGUUGGGCGUAGAUGCAGAUCGAGUCGGCGUCAGCGGCUUCAGCGCGGGGGGAAACAUGGCGUUCACGACGAUCCUGCGGUAUGAGGCUGCGCUGCGCGCGGGGCGGGAGCGCGUUGGGGGGCUGUGUGUGGCGGUGUCGUGGUAUCCGAGCACGGACUUUACGUCUUCGCGCGAGCUGCGGCGCGGGACGAAUACGCGGCCCGACAAGGAGCUGCCGAGGCUGUUUACGGAGCUGUUUGAUGCGAGCUAUCUGUAUCCGCCGGGCGGGGUGGCGAUGGAUGAUCCGUAUUUGAGCCCCGGGGCGGCGGAGGAGGGGGUGUUGGCGGUGCUGCCGGCGGAGGUGCUGCUGUGGACGUGUGAGUGGGAUGAGCUGGCGGCGGAGGGGGAGCGGUUUAGAGCGCGGCUGGGGGAGGUGGGGAAGAGGGUGGGGGGGAGGGUUGUGAAGGGGACAGCACACGCGUGGGAUAAGAGCCCGAAUCCGGUGUGCGGGGAUAGCGUGAGGGAGGAGGUGUAUAAGGAGGCGUGUGGGGAGCUGAGGAGGGUGUUUGGGGAGUAG